UUUUUCUACAGGUAACAAUGAAUUCUCUAUAUCAUUUCUCGUUUUUUCAACAGGUGACAAUACUUGGAUGUAGUGGCAUCAUCAAGGGGGAUGAAAGGAUUCACAUGUGGUAGUAUAAACAGCUGUAUCAUUAGUUCUUUAAGAUAUCAUGAUUUUAGAACAAUUUGAGCUCUCCCGAACUGAUAACUCAAGUGAGUUUUUGAUUUGUCAUCAGCCAACUGUGUAUCUGUAAAUCUUUCACAUUUUUAGCUCGUGUAUACCUGAGCUGAAAACUCAAGCGAGAUAUUCUGAUCACUUUUUGGGCACUGUCCGUCUGUAUGCACAAUUUUCACAUUUUCGACUUCUUCAGAACUGCUGUGCCAAUAUCAAUUAAACUUGGUACAAAUGAUCCUUGGAUGAAGGCCCUUAGGGGAAUCAAGGUGUUCAAAGGAAGAGUCAUGAUCCCUUUAAAAUGGAGAUAAUCAAGAAAAUGGAAAACCUGGGUGGAAUCAUUUGAAAAUCUUCUCUCAAGAACCACUGGGCCAGAAAAGUUGAAACUUAUAUGAAAGCUUUUUGACAUAGGGUAGCUUCAAGUUUGUUCAAAUCACGGCCUCCAAGGUUAGAGUGGGUCAUAAUAGGGAAUCAGAGUUUUACAUCAGCUUAUAUAACACACAUCUUUGAUUAGCUUCUCCUCAAGAACAUCAGGACUUCAAGUAGUACUGCCAUGUUAAUAUACAAGGAUCCCCAGGUAGUGUAGAUUCAAGUUUGUUCAAAUCAGUACCCUCAAAUCAAGACCCUCAUGGAUAGUGAGGGUUCACAAUAGGGAUCAAGGUUUUGAAUGGGAAUAGAUGUAGCAGUGCCAUGAUUGGUCGUUAUGGCAAGACCUUGCAUUUCAUACCAUGAUUGUAUAAAUUGAUUGCAUCAGACAAAAGUAUAAAUAUCACAGAAAAAAAUAAUAAUUGUAAUUUUCUGUUUCACUUGUGAUAUGCAAGUUUCACAUCCCCGCUCCUAACUUUACCAGGCCCCGGGCAUCAGACUCCUGGGACUUUUCAAAGACUGAUCUUGCAUUGUAACUCUUUCUGCUGAAUACGUUUCAAUACAGUAACUGUAUCACAUACUAGUAUAUGAUGAACUGUGUAUUUUUUGUUUCCUCAGAUGACAACAGCUAGAUAUAUCAGCAUCACAAAGACAGAAGAACAGAAAACGGGCACUGGUAACAGUUGUAACAUUGAUAUCAAAAUAUUAUCAUCUUGGAACAGGUCCUCAGAUGACAACAGCUAGAUAUAUCAGCAUCACAAAGACAGAAGAACAGAAAACGGGCACUGAUUGUGUUCCUAAAGACCCAGACCCUCCACAUCAUGGACACACUUGGACUCAGCACUCAGCUAAAAGUACGACAAUGUUCUCAAUGUCAGGGGGACACUGAGUUUUACUGUAACACAUGUAAACGUGAUCUGUGUUUACAGUGUAAAGAGAAACAUGUCAUUGAUCUAGAUACCAUAUACCAUGAUGUUGUGAUUUACCGUGAAAAGUUUAAAUGUGUCCCUUUACAAGAGACCUGUGUCAGACAUCCAAACAGAAAAUACAGAAUGUUCUGUUAUCAGUGUAACUAUUCCGUGUGUAAGCACUGUACAGACCAUAGAACACAUGCGCUGGUGGAUCUUAGAACAGUCUAUCAAACAAAGCGACAACAACACAGAGAAAUCAUUGACAACAUCAGAAGUGAGACUCUUUAUAACUGUCGUGUUCUCCUGGCAGGAAUCCAAACUGAUAUCAAAACUUGUCCCCCACAAAUCUGUCACCGUCAAUCACAGCUGAUGUCAACAAAAGCCCAGAGACUGAAGGAUCUGAUUGACACUGUGGUAUAUAACUCUAAAAUCAGAAACAGACUGCUACAACAAAAGAGAAAGAUGGACAGAUACCUUGUUAACAUGCAAAACUUUGUACACAGAUAUGAACAAUCAGAAAACAGAGCGGUACAAUUCCUCUUGUUUAUAAAGACCAGUCGUGUCCCCCAGAUAAAGGACACCCCCAAUCUUCCACACCUGCUGCUGUCCCUGACUGAGGGAUUCAACAUGGAAGAUGUCAGUCAGUUAUUGAGGGGAAUCCCAGAAAUCCAAAUGACAACAGGAAAACGACAAGUAGGAAUAGACGAGUGUGUGAAACUGACGUCCACACCUGUAUUAAACACGUCUGUCUGUGUGACAGGUGUUAGUGGUGUGUAUCACAUAUCUCGUGUGAUGUCAGACCGGGUCUGGGUCUCUGGUUAUAACAAUCUGAUCUUGACAGACACAACAGGAGACACUAUACACCAUGUGACAGGUAGAACACCAUGGUAUGGAGGACAACACACAGUGAACAGUUCUGGUGAACUGAUUUAUAUAGACAGGAAAUAUAACAUCAACAAACUGUCUAUAGACAAUCAAACAGUCACCACACUGUUAGAGAGACCAUCAUUAUGGAUACCAAGGUGUGUGUUCUGCUCCCCGUCCACUGGAGAUCUGAUGGUCGGGAUGUAUAACACUGAUACAAAGACAUGGAAAUAUAACACAGGCAAGGUAACCCGGUACAACAGUAGUGGUCAACACAUCCUGACCAUAGAACACGACAACACAGGUCACAGACUGUAUAGUGAGCCUUAUUAUAUCACAGAGAACAAGAACGGUGAUGUUAUUGUGUCUGACAGGUUACGUGUAGUGGUGACAGAGCGCAGGGGGAGACAUCGAUUCUCCUACACAGGACCUCCAUCAGGAUCAUCACUAUUACCAUGUGGAAUCUGUACAGACGCGCUGUCACACAUCCUGGUGUGUGAUUCUAACACCCACACAGUACAGAUGAUUGACAAGGACGGUCACUUCCUGUCUCUGUUACUGACACAACAACACGGGAUAAACAAACCACGCAGCUUGAACUAUGAUGAUAAAACUCACCUUCUCUGGGUCGGAUCACGGUGGAACAACACAGUGUCUGUAUAUAGAUAUCUACAGAGAAGGUACUCUCUGACUGAUAAUCCAGACAGAGAUGAGCAGAUCACGGAAGCCUCAAGUUCGGAGAUUCAGGAAUCUGGAACAGAGCUGGAAAUCAGUGAAGAGUACGAGUCUGAAGAAAACAGCGAGGAACUGGAGUCUGAGGACAUUGCUGAAUCGGGGACCAGCGAAGAUAAUUCUGUAGAGGAAAAUGACGAUCAUAAAUCAGAGGAAUCUGAGGAGGACACUCCUGAAUCCUAUAAUCCAGACAGAGAUGAGCAGAUCACGGAAGCCUCAAGUUAGGAGAUUCAGGAAUCUGGAACAGAACUGGAAAUCAGUGUGUCCGUCCGUCCCACUUGACUUUGUGGACGCAACUCCUCAGAAACCGCUCAACGGAUUUUGUUCAUAUUUUGUAGGAUUGUUAGUCACCAUGUGUAGUUGAUCAUAUUUUGCUUCCAUUUUGAUUCGACAAUUUUUACUGAAGUUGUGGGACUCUGUUGAACUUGUACAUGCUACACUAUAGGAGCACUUUGUGGACGCAACUCCUCAGAAACCGCUGAAUGGAUUCUGUUUAUAUUUUGUGGGAUUGUUAGCCACCAUGUGUAGUUGAUCAUAUCGUGGCACCAUUUUGAUUCGACAAAUUUUACAGGAGUUAUGGGACUUUGUUGAAUUUGUACAUAUGUAGUACACUAUAGGAACACGUUGUGGACGCAACUCCUCCGAAACCGCUCAACGGAUUUCAUUCAAAUUUUGUAGGAUUGUUCGUCACCAUAUGUAGUUGAUCAUAUUGUGCCGUCAUUUUGACUCGACAGAUUUUACAGGAGUUAUGGGACUUUUGUGCUUCAACUUUUUUUGCGGUGUGUAGCAAUCUUGUCAUCCUAUAUUGAUUAUAUCUUAAAUUGUGUAUACAUUUACAUAUCUGGUUUGUAUAGCUGUUAUCAACAUUGCAUUGUUUAAAGAAUGUUACACCAGAAUAUAAUAUUGUCACGUAAAAA